AUGCAAAUUACGGAGUAACUUAUAAGGCGGUCGACGUUUCGCUUACUUUCAUCCUCGGACCGGUAAACGAGCUCGAAGAACUUCGAAAUUAAAACAUGGAAGACGAAUCCAACGGAAGAUUCGAAUGGAAGAAGUGUUGUUGGAAGACUACGAUUUUUUAUCUGUAUUCCAUGUGUUUUUUCCUCAUCUUUUUUACCGCGGACACUUAUUUCAGCUACAAAGAAGAAUACGAACUGAAAUUCAACCUUCUGCUGGCUUUCGCCGUUUUUCACGCCGUACUCUGCCUGGCUCACUUGUCUAAAGUCCUAUCGCUGCGCGUCAAGUGUCGACGAUGCAUUUCGUGGCUAAUCCGCCCGAUUCGAGAACCUUCUCCGGAUCACGACUACCGGGCGGUGGCCACCUAUCGCGGAUCUACCGGCGCCUGGGACGUCGGGUUCGAGAGAGAGGGUCGGACGAUCGGCCUACAACCCUCUCCCCGAUCGACUUUUUCCACCUUAGGAAACAUCUGCCAACAACCCGACGGAGCUUCGAAUUUCGUGGACGGCGUCGACUCCGCUUCCAGUAAGGAGGGAAGCGGAAGAGGAGAGAGAAUUAGUUUUACAGAUUCCGGAAGCGUGACCUUACCCAGCAUGAGUAGUUCACCUUCCGCGGAAUCGCCGGUCGGCUCCAAUCGAGCCGUGGAAGAAUGCGUUCGAGUCUUUGGUCAAAAACAGCCCGGCAGUACGAAAUUUUGUAAACAGUCUUAAGUCAUUUUGUAAGACUGCUCGUUUUAAGUUUGAGCGACGUUUUCAUCGAAAUCUAAAAUGUCUUAAAUUUGUUGUUUUUGUUGUUCGAAAUGUUUUUAUGGAUUUUUAUUAAACUAAGUGAUCUAGAA